AUGGGUUCCAAAAGCGAUACCUACACAGCAGUCCUCUUGCUGAUCCUGAUGUUCUUUACCUCUGUUUCAGCCCAAGGGUGGUUCUGGAGACGAACUCCUCCACCGCCCUUCCCGCCGCCACCUCCUUCUCUGCCGCCGCCACCACCUUCUCCGCCGCCGCCACCACCUUCUCCGCCGCCACCACCACCACCUCCGCCAUCUCUCCCUUUUUUUCCAUUUUGGUUCUGCCGCCUUCAGGUCAUCAGAUUGAGCGUGUGCUCCUUUUUGCGUCGGGGUUUUAGGUCCGGGUUUUUGGUCCCCAGCAACCCUUGUUGCCGAGUCGUCCGCCAACUAUUUGAUCAACAGGGCACGACGUGCCUCUGUUACGCCGCCAGAUCGGGGUUCCUCGGACUUAGUGCCCUCACUUCCGGAGACCUUGCCCAGCUUCUCUUCUACUGCGGCAUGCCGGUGCCUUCUGGAUUCACAUGCGUUUAA